GCAAUUUCAAAGCUUCACCUGUUUCAGAGACCUCAGUUCAAGCAGCUGCCAGAUCAGAUACGGGUAGGGAGACAUUUAUAGAGGGCCCUCCACUUCUGUAACUUGUUGAGUCUAAUUGACGCCAUGGCCAUCACAGCAUCACACGCAACGGUCCGGUUGCCGUCGUCGUUCAGCUGUAGCUCAUCUUUGCAGGAUGCGGCUCCCACUUCGUCCUUUGCACUUCAACACACCAGCAGAAUCACUUCAGCGUCCAAGCCUCGUGGGUUAUUAUCAAUUGCUAGUGCACCGAUUCAUGCAGGCUUGUUUGCAAAGACUGCAUAUCUUGGCCGUCAACUAGCCGUAGUUCGCGCCACACAAUUGCGUGUAUCAGGUGGUCACAGAGGGCGAGGUGGAGCUUUGGUGACGCGUAAUGCUGGAACGGUGGAAAAAGUGACCGCAAAGGAACUGGAUGACAUUCUGUUGAAUGAAAGGACAAAACCAAUCGUGAUUGACUUUUACGCAACGUGGUGUGGACCUUGCAUCAUGCUGGCACAGGAACUGAAACAGCUCUCAGCAGAAUUGGGGGACAAAGUGAGGUUCUUGAAGGUCGAUACCGACGAAGAGACGAUGCUUGCAAGCCAACUACGAAUCCAAGGACUGCCAACCAUGGUCUUCGUCAGUGACGACAAAACGAAGAACGCUAUCCGAACAGAAGGGUUGUUGUCUUCUGAACAGAUCAAGGAAAUUAUAGAGAAGGAACUCUAAAACAAUGCGUGCGCGCAAAAGAUAUUGUAGUUGCACAGAUGGCGCCACUACACUGAAGGCUUUCUGCCCUGCUGAUGAACAUGUUCGACGAGCUUCAGAUUCAAAAGCCGGCUAGACAGGGCGAGCUGAUGAUCCGUUGCAAGGACCAGAUUUGUGACAUGAUCAUGAAGAGACAACUCCUUUCAAGGCGAUCCGACAG